UGCAGGUAAACAGAGGCUGCUCACAGUAAGCCUAGGCCCCUAGGCCUUGUGUGAAUUAGGCUACUGAAUGCCCUAACCUCUUGCCUCAUUUUCAUUUCAUCGGAAUGUCCCACCCCAUAUAGAUUUUCAUCCCCUAGCCACAAUCUCUGAUCAGAAAACAUUCAUCAUGGUUGACUAUUACAAAGUUUUGGAAGUCCCAGCAAAGGCUACACAAGUUGAAAUCAAGAAAGCUUACCGGAGACUUGCCCUUAAAUGGCAUCCAGACAAGAAUCCAGAUAACCUGGAAGAAGCUGAAAAGAAAUUCAAAGAGAUCUCAGAAGCAUAUGAAGUUCUUUCUGAUGAGAGGAAGAGGAGAGUGUAUGAUCAUGGUGGGAGGGAGGGUUUGAGGAAUCCAGGCCCUGGGCACAUGGAUGAUCCGUUCCCGUCGUUCUUCGGAACAGAAUUCCACUUUACAGAUCCCUUCAAAUUGUUUGAAGAAUUCUUCUCACAUGAUCCAUUCUUUCAUGGAUUUCCUGGGUAUGGAGUACAUGGUCGGCGGCGAGAACCCACUGAUGCUCUUAGCACACAAUUUUUUCAUCCAUUUGGAAUGAUGGAUAAUUUGUUCACAAGUAUGUUCAGCCAUGGCUUCAAUGAUGGAGGCUUCACAUCCCUCUCUGCAGUUUCAGCAAGCAUGGAUCCAAAUUCUGCUGGAGCAAGUACUGUCAAGCGUACCUCUACCUCCACCAAAUUUGUGAAUGGCAAGAAGAUUGUUACCAAAAAAGUGGUGGAAAAUGGCAUGGAGACAGUGAGUAUCUUAGAGAAUGAUGUACUGAAAUCACGGACUGUGAAUGGAAAGCCUCAACCCUUGAAGAUUACAAAAAAAUAGAAACCUCAAAACUUUUCCUACGUUCCCUAUCUAUUGUUUCUGAACCUUCUUUUCCUUUCCUUUGAAUUGUUUCUUUUCUAUUACAUGCUCCAACAUCCUUGUGGCCUCUCUCCUCAUUCUCUUUUCCACAUUGCCACCUUGUAUAUUUAUUGGCACGAGCCUUUUCCUUCCAUAUAGUGUGAUACAUUUCAUCAUUUUUGAGUGGGAUCAAGGAAGAGCUCAUUCUUCUGUGUCCUCUACUUCAACUUUGCAUUGAUUCACUCAAUCCAUGUUGGAGUAUCAUUUUUCCUCUGUCUCUAUUCUAGCAACAAUGAUUGAAUAAGUGUCUGUGUGUCAUUCUUCAAGGGGUGGCACAUAUAGGGUUUUUGAACCUGUUGUCAGGAUUUUGUGAUGAGAUUGGAAAUUGUACUGUGUCUGCUAAGAGGAUUGCUUUAAUUGCAUUGCCUUUGUGUCUUUGGAAAAGGAAACUCUCUAGGUAAAGACAUGGGGUCUCUUAUAAAUGGUGAUAAUACCCAAGAAUAACAUGAAUAAGCCAACCGUACUAUGAUUCUUCAUUCAUUCCUAGGAAAAAGGAGGACAACAAAGCAGCAAAUCACCAAACAACGCAUUUUUCGG